AUGGCCCCCGAUUCGCGCGGCGACGAUGCGCCGGUGCCGGAGGAUGGAAGCGGCCAUCGUGUCGUGGAAGACCUCAAGGAGCGGCUUCGCCAGUGCCAGGCUGCCUGCAGGAAAACGCAUCGCGAGAAGGCGAGGCUAGCAGCAGCACUGGAACAACAGCGCGAAGACUCGAGGGACAUCAUCGAGCACCUCAAGGGAGAUGUUGCUCAGAAGGCGGAAUCAGUGCUGACGCUCGAGGAGCGACUGCAGUCGCUGGUCCAGCGGAGUGAUCGCGAUAGGGAGCGCGUCGCCGACUCGCGCCGGCGAGAGCAGCAGGAGGCUCGCGACGAGGCGGAGCGCUUGCACGCUUUGAUUAGCGAGCAGUCUGAAGAGCUGGAGAGGGUGCAGUCGUUCCGUGAUGCGCACGUGGCGCUGCUGGCGGAGCUGGCACGGGCCCGAGAAGAGGCCGCUCGACAUGAGAAGCUGGUGGUCGAUCUGGAGCGGAAGCAUCUCGUCGAGAAGGAUGGCCUCAAGAAGGAGAUGCUCUGCCAGCUCCAGGCGCGGGAGACCAAGGCGAGCCUGUUGGAGCUCACUGAGAGCCAACUCGACGCCUCCACCAAGCGCGUGCUCGAGCGAAACGAGCAGCUUGCUGAGGAACUCGCCUGGCAGUCGCGGGAGGCUGAGAAAUGGGUGCGCCGGGCCGACAAGCUGGCCUCGGAGAACAAGUCCCUCCGGCGCGAGAACAAGUCCCUCCUGACAGAGAGGGCAGAGCAGCUGCGCUCCAAGGCGCACCCAGACCGUGACCUUGAGCCCCCAAAGCAGCAGCUUCGCGAGGACUUCGAGGGCGCGGCGCGGACAGAUAACAUUUCGCCGCGAGUCUCCCCGCGAGACUCCUUCUUGGCCUUCCCGCCGAUUAGCGGCCGCGUCGCCGGCGGCUCCUCGCCUCAGCGCAGAGAGUACUACACAGUCUGGGGAGACAGCACGCACGAAGCAUGCGGGUUAAAGUCGUGA